CUCGCGCCCAGAGCGGUCGGUGGUUGGAGUAAUUCAUUACAAGGUUUCUUGAGUUGAAGGCGCCACUUUCUUCUGGACUUGGGACGGACAGGGUGCUGUGUUUGCUGCCUCGAUACAUGCUCUUGCAGUGAGCCCACAACCGGACCCUAAGGCUCAGAGAUUACAUGCCUCUUGAGAUUGAUCGUCUAACAGGUUGCCGCUGUUCUUGUUUCUUCUUUUUCCUGAAACCAAGAGACCUUCUCUGCUGAAGACAAUCGAUCGUGUUGCAUCUUGUUUGCGCCAAUCGUCUGCUGCGCUCAACAAUGUUACUGGAGUGAGAGAAGGACUUAGUGUAUUCGUGACGGACAGUUGGCUACUCUACCAACGGGAAACUGACACCGCACAGUUGUUCUCGUUCGCUCAACGGACGAGUUCAUCGGUUUCUUCGUUAACAUCUUGAAGAAAGAAAAUCAGAACAAAAAUGAGUGAUAGAGAAGGAUCACACUCACCUCUAUCUGGUUCACCAUCGCCUCUUGGCCUUGACAUCGGGGGUGCAGGACAGGGUCCGCAUCCUUCCAUGUGCUCAGGUGGAUCGGCGGAGAUGUCGUUGUCGGGCAAGUCGUCUCCAGGCGGCAAGGACCUCAGCAUCAAAGCUGGAGCCGUGGCUGCAGCAGUCGCCGGUAGCCUGGAGGAGUCGGCCUUCAACCAGCAGAUUCAGGACGCCGUGUCACACGUGCUGGAAGGGUACGACUGGUCGCUCGUCACCACACCUGCGCGCAGCCAGAACGGAGAGAAGAGGAAACCUCACAUCAAACGCCCCAUGAACGCCUUCAUGGUCUGGGCCCAGGCCGCGCGCCGCAAGCUAGCUGACCAGUAUCCUCACCUGCACAAUGCCGAACUCAGCAAAACCCUCGGAAAGCUCUGGAGGUUGCUAAAUGAGGGCGAAAAGAAGCCGUUUGUGGACGAGGCUGAGCGCCUACGUGUGCAGCACAAGAAGGACCACCCCGACUACAAGUACCAGCCGCGCCGCCGUAAGCCCCUCAAGGGAGCUAACCAGGGCAAUGACAACAGCAGCCCCCUGCCGUCUGGAGGGAUGCUGAAGGCCCGGCGCGAGGACACCUCUUCGCCCAGCGACGAUUGCUCCAGCGAGUGCUCCAGUCAGCCCGGGGGCUCCAACGGACCUCCCACCCCUCCUGCCACACCCAACCAGCACGAGCAGAUCAGCAUGAAGUGUCUGUACGACAGGAAGGGGGCACGAGGCUACAUGCUUGGUCCCUCAGGACAUCCCAUCGACUUCAGUCGUGUGGACCUGCGUGAUCUCAGCCCUGAUGUCAUGGAACCGCUCGACGACCAGGACUUAGACCAGUAUCUGCCUCCCUCCGGCAUGGCUCCCACCGGCAUGCACUUGCCAACGUCUGGAGGCCACCCCCACCCUCACGGCCACCACCCGGGCGCCCGCGACUACAGCCAGUGCUACAUGGGCCAGGCCAGCGGCCCGGGAACAUCCGGUCCCUCAUCCAGCAGCUGGAUGCCCUCCUACAGGGUCAACAUGGCGGGUGCAUGCCUGCCGCCACACUACAUGGUCAACAGCGGCAACGGAGCCAACGUUCGCGGCGGCAGCUCCUCCAGCAGCGCCAGCGCCAGCACCAUCACGCCUCCCUACGACCUCUCCGAGCACACCAACCGCUCGCCAUCUACUCAGACGUCUCCACCAUCCUUCCUGGGCGUCAGUCCUGCCACCGCAGCAGACUGCAAGUACCGUGACGACGACCCCAGCUGCCAGCAGGUCAAGAUAGAGCAGCUUGCCGUGCAGCAGCAGCAACAGCAACAACAGCAGCAACAACAGCAACAGCAGCAACCUCCUGCUCAUCAUCAGCAACCGCAGUCUCAACCGCCACCCCCACCGCCGCCGACACAAGACCAGCAGCAGCGUUACUGCGACCCCAAGUACGAAGGGUUUGAGGUCGCAUCGUCGCAGGCCAGGUACGGCGGCGCUCACCUGGAGAGCGGUGUGCACUUCCCUCCGGCCAUGCACGGCCCUUACCUGCCGCAGGGCACGACGUCCAUGACGUCAGCUGGCCCCGGGGGCUAUCAGUACGGAGUCGGCCUCCACCGCCAGAUGUUUAACCCCAUCGCUGCCGCUGGGCCUGGUGAGCAGGGCUGGGAGCGCUACACGUGAGGGUCUUCGCCAGGUAAAGAGUGUUGACGUCUGUUACCGAGAGGGAAAGAAAAAGAGCUGGUCUCUGAACUUUUGUUUUGAACAAAAAAAAAUCUUUUCUUUGCGCCGAUGAUCUACAUUGACAAUGGCACUUGUUUGAAGAACAGUGUUGAGCGUCGCGCUUUGUACUAUGGUGACGUCAUCGCGCACGACUGUUCUGGGAUCUUGGCCAGGGACCUUAGCAAAGCAAAACCCUGACUGAUCGUUGCAGAUACUUUGCCGCAUCUACUGCACCUGACCUCCAGAGAGAAGCGUCUGUCUUUGCUGUGCAGCAACACGUGACCGCAACGGUCCGUCAACCAGGUGCGACCUCUGAUUAUUUAUGUUCAGGGUUGUCACCGUGUGAGGCUCGCCGCAAGACUGCACCCACUGACAUUAUGUUUUUGACAAACUGUGGUGUCGCCAUGAGGCAGGAACUCAAACCUAGAAGGAUCUCUGCGUGUUUGUGUAGUCCAAAACUGCCAUAAUAGUAACGGACAAUUGGCAUCACCCUCUUUCCUCCUUCGUUUCACUUUGGCUUCACCAUCGAGAGGAUGGGUGCGGGAGCUUGGCGAGUGAGGUAAUAAGGGUGGAUGUCACGUGAAAAUCUACUUGACUACCGCUGCCGGUACCCUUAUUAAAGAAUCUUCUCAUAAGAUGUUGAUGUCGGGAAUCAGAUUGGCACCAACCGCACUGAGACAUCUGAGCAAAGGGCAUGAAGCGACCUUUGGUGGUGAUUGGACAUCGCCGGACAAAGUCUGCUUUUGUUAGAACUUUCUGUUGCAUCGCAACAUUUGCUGCACUAGGGUCUCCUCGUUGUAUUAUCGUCUUUUGUUGAUUUAUUUUCCUUUUUUUUUUUUUUCGCAAGGCUGCAUGUCCCAUGGUUUGCAGUUUAUUUGCCCCAGCUCAAUCCGUCAACAGUAUUAAAACCAAAAAAGGUAAUCAGAAGUUCACAACGACUUGAAAAAUGGAGAGCAUGGUGGCUCUGAGGUUGGAAGGCAUGUUGCCGCCUUCUAUCCUUUGUAUAACCGUUAUACGUUAUAAUAAUCAUCGGAUAGGGUUGAGCUGCUCAGUAGUCUGUCUUACAGCACCCUCUUUGAAACUUUUUAUAAGGCUUUUUUCUCCUUUUGCAACUUAUUAUAUGAUCUUUAAUUACAUUUCGUGACGAUGCUCAUAACAUUUGGGUUACAGAUUUUCCAGCGGCAGCAUUUUUUUCAACCCAGAAGAACAAUACCUUCCUUCCCCCAGUACUCCUUCCUCUUUCUCUCUUAAUAAUUUAUAUUUUAAUUUUUAUGUUUAUUUGUUGACUAUUGCGUCGUACUUGAUAAAUUGAAAAUUGUCCUUCUUGGCAUGUAUAUACAAUUCCAUUAGAAAAAAUUUGAUUUUUGGUUAGAAAAUCGGUGUAAGUCGAAAGCGUUGGACGAAUUGCAUGUCAUCAGCAUGUAAACAAGAAUAUUAAAUACAGGGUGAAGCAGAAAGAACCCGAGAAGAAAGUCAGAAAUCUGCUGGCAGAUGAACUGGUGCAGGCAAUGAUUUUGCUCUUAUUCUGUGUCGUUAUUAAACUACGGAUCAUAAUGUACUUUGUCGCCUUUGACCCCCUGCCUCCCUCACCCGUAUACCACUCACGUGAUAAGGUUACCUUUUAUAAAGACCCUACCCAUAUCGCCCUGCUGCACUCAACGUGCCUUCCACAUAUUUAUAUGCACACCCUGUCACGUGAUCACGUGAUUGUAGUCACGUGACACCUAUGACGUAAUUUUUGAACGUCAGGGAUAUAACGUAGCUGCGAAUAUACCUACCGUAAGAUUGUUUGUUAUGUACAGGUAAUCAUCGUCGUGUUUCACGGCACUAUUUUGUCUUGCGUAGUUUCUUACAACCAAUGACGGCGGGCUCCCUGUCUCUCUCAACUCUCCACCUCCUCCAUCUCUAGACAAUGUUGACAGAGGAUGCAGCCAUUAUGUACACGAUUACUAUAGUUCGGCUUAUUUCUCUCUUCUGGUUUUUUUCCCCUGUGCAGUGUUGUCUCCCAUGUUUGUCUUUCGCUGACCGCCGAUGUUGACGCGCAGCAAGAAGUUGGUAAAAAGAUGGUUACUUAUCUGUAGCUGGAGUGGCCUUCAUACUGUUGCCAUCAGAUGUAACCCAACUGUAUUUUGUUUUUCGAGAUCCGGCUCGAAGACCAUGCACUUCUAUGCAUUAUGAAACUUUCAUACUUCUAAGAAGCCGUCCUGGUUAAAAAUGCAUAUAUUUUACAAAGAAAUUAAGAACUUAUUUUAAGUCUUUUUUUUUUUUCUUUUUCUUCUCUGCUCUAAUUCUCAGCAGAUUGUGAACUUGUGUGCCUUGUCGAGUCGUUACGACAACCGAGCGUCUCUCUAGGUUUAUUAAGAUCUACUAUUUCACACUCGUGAUUUGGGGUAAGAGAGACAGACAGAAAAAAAGAGGGUAAAAGUGACAUACGAUGACAAGUUUUUUUUCGUCACGGUUUAGUGGUUUCUCUCCUUCCCCUCCCCAUGUCGUACCCUGUCCUCCUCCCCUUUCUUGGGGCCACAUCCUGGCACGUGUGUCGUGCCGUGUCGUGGAGGUGAGGACAUCUGUCAAGAAGUGCCACGCUGUAAAACUGCGGUGAGCGGCCAUGUCCGCGGAGUAGCGACGUAGACGUAGCGACGUAGCGCUGUUGGUAGUGGGUCGCCUUACGUUGGCGCAGUUAGUAAGACGAUCGGUUUCGCCGACACCAAGUCGGAUUUCUGCAAGACAGACGACAGUUCUGCGUGUCUUGCCGCCAUCCGAGGUUGCGUUACCCCGGGAGUCUAGACACCCCGAUACCAGCUAGCGGGACCACUCGUAGUCUCCUGGCAGCAAGUUACAGGGUGCUGACACCCACACUCGUGCAACCAAGCAGGAUCACUGUACCCUCCGCUAGAGUGAUUACAAACACGAGUCUAAGAGACGAGACCACCACCACCCCACACACACUCACACCCUUUAUACACUUUCAGCAUCUUUAAUAUUUUUCAUCAACGGCGGUUAGUUGGAAGACACCAUUAUUUUCUUUUCAGCCAAAAAAAUCUGUUUCCUUUUCAGCUGCUGUUUGUUUGUUCUUCCUCUCUCGUGAAUUUUUUCAUGAAUAUUUUUGCCGUCUGUAAUGAACGAAAUUAAUUUUGCGUUUACGAAAUUCGCGAUUUUUAAAUAAUUUUUAACGGGAAUCGACAGUAGACUUCAACAUACUCCAUUUCCUAUAAAUAUGUAUUCCUCCUUGUUCUUAAAAAUCAUGCUCUCUCACUUUUUCCACCUCCUUUUUUCUAUCAUAAACACAUUUAAUUAUUCAUUGUUUAAAAUGAGUUACCUGAGGCACGAGCAACCUAAUCAUGUCAUUGUGACACAUUUUGACAUUGGUAUGAGAUCUCUCAAACAUAUUCAAACUUAGUAUAAGUGUCUCGUAUUUAACAGAACUGCUGUCUGAAGCUACUCUGUGGCCAUGAGAGCAAUUUUUGUAAGACAUCCAGACCACAGACAUUGGUUUUUGAUUAUUUUUAAUGGCUGCAAUGUUAAGCUUGAAUGGUGGCAUCGAUAAACAUGCAUUGGGAAAUCUCACUUUUUGCUUGUCAGUACUUAUAUAGCCCAAAGCAACUUGAAGUAGUUUGUGCCUUACCCUGUGUUAUUAGGCAUACACAACCUUUAGUGAUGUCUUCUUGGUCAAUAUUUGUACAGACAUGUGAGUGUUAUUAUUCAAGUCGUAAUAAAGCUCAUAACAUUUUUUUCUUUCUUA